UUUCAGAUUACAGGGAGAGAUAUCUAAAUACUUAUCUAUUAUUAAAUUUGUUUUAAUUGGAUGUAUAUAUUACUUACAUUAAUGUUAUCCAUAAAGACAUUAAUAUAUUUACUCUUAGACCAUAUACACGAGUCAUCUACAUAUUAGACGGAUUUUGCUCCUCAGAUACCUGAGAAAUUCGGUAACACCCCUGUCACAACAGUAAAUUUUUCGUUGAAAGAAUGUCUUCGAAGAUAAUGUUACUUUCUUCAGUUGUGUGCAGAUAGUGUUUUGAGAAUUGCCACAGACUUAUACAAUAAAGAUGUGGAAUGUUAAAAGCAAGAAUGUGUCAAUAUGAUGUCUCAUGAAACGUUUAUACUUGUAACUACAUACCGAAGUUUUACGGAGUUUGCUUUUAUGUAGUUUUCCAUUGAAAAAUUUACUCUCAUGAAGUUCCUCAUGAAGAACAGCUGAAAUAAAAACCGCCAUGUAUUCAGAAACGAAAAAAUAACUCGUAAAAUUAACACAAAUAAUGUUAAGUUUUCAUAUCAGAAAAACAAUCACAUGAAUUAAAACUCAUUACUUCUGUUUCUUCAGUUCUUUCAUUACCACUUUUACAAUAAAUAUUUCCAACAUAGAUAAUGGGAAACUUCAUUUCAAAAUUCAUCAAUGGCUUUCGAAAAAUACAGAUUCUCUGUAAGAAAAACAACGAAAAUAGCACUUUGACGCAAUCUGAUCGUUGUUUGUCUUACAACCUUCAAGCUGUAUUAUCUGUUUUUAAAGUUUUUGGCAUCGAACCCUUCGAAAAAUGUAGCUGUUUCGAAGAAGAAAAUCAUGGAAAGCUACACAAUAAAAAACACGUAUUCUAUGACUUUUACGUGAAAAUGAUUGAACUGUUCUUAUGGUUUUCAUCGUUUUAUCGAUUUAUGUUAACAUUUAGCGAACGUUCAUUCUGUCACAGUUCUGUACAUGUAUUUGGAAAGUAUUCCAAAGAAAUUGGCGUCGUAAUUAUAAUUCUAAAUAUCUAUAUCGCUGUUCAAUUUUCAGUAUUGAAAAGAAACAAAAUUUCUUUUCAUUUCAUGAAAAGCACGUACAAAGAUGAAAAAUAUUUGCUAUUGCAAAUGAAAUUGCCUGUGAUAAGAUACUGGUCAAUCGUAUUUCUCUUCGUUUUGAUUGUAUCGAACUCGGUGGCAAUGGUCGAGUUUUCAACAAUCAAAAGAUACAGUGGAAGUGAAUUAGAAGCAACAUUCUGCUGCAUUUACUUCUGGUUUCUGCAUCUGCAAUUAAUAGUACAGAUAUGUUCACUUCUUCUUAUGUUUUCACUUUGGGGAAUAAUUCUCGUGAAGAGACUUAUAAAGUUAUGUGAAGAAUUACAACAAAUAAACACAAUUUCUUUAUUACUGAAAAAAGAAUUACAAGAAAUCUGCGAAAAGCACACAGAAAUUUGGGAGAUGUUUGAAAUGAUCAACAAGCAAUGGGAAGAUCUUCACGCUUUCAUAUAUGCUCAUUUUGCAUACGAAACAUGUUUUUUGUUGUUUGCCACGAUGUUUUUUGACAUGGAUGUUGCAAUUCGAGCAUUUUACGGCUGCCUUUCGAUGAUGUUCCUAACAGGAUGUUUUCUAGUAUCAUGGGGCCUUUCUUACUUGACAUCUCUGAUCUACGAUAACUUCGUUUCCAUAGAAAGAUUCUCUUCAAACAACUUGUCAGUUGAAUUCAAGUUCAAGGUGAGGUAUAAGUGA